AUGAGGCCGCCGAAGCCGUGGCGGCGGCUGGUUGGGGUCUCCUUCGGGAUGUACACGGCCGAGGAGAUCAGGAAACUGAGUGUAAAACCCAUAACAAAUCCUCAGUAUUUGGAUAAUGUGGGGAAUCCAGCCGUUAAUGGACUGUACGACUUGGCUUUGGGACCUCCAGACUCCAAAGAAGUGUGUGCAACUUGCAUGCAGAACUUCAGCAACUGCCCUGGUCAUUUUGGCCAUAUAGAACUGCCUCUGACUGUGUACAACCCUCUGUUUUUUGAUAAAUUAUACCUUCUAAUUCGAGGUUCUUGUUUAAAUUGUCACAUGCUGACAUGUACUCGAGCUGUGGUUCACUUACUGCUAAGUCAGCUGAAGGUUCUGGAGAAAGGGUUGCUUCAUGCCGUCCAUGAUCUUGAAGUCAUUCUGAACAGGUUUUUAGAGCAAUGUGCAGAUGCAACAGGUGCAGAAAUUGAAGAAGAGUUAAAUCACCAUGUUCAUGAAAUACUACAAAGUCAUCAAGUAAGAGAUCAGUGUUCAAAUGUGAAAAAUGUAUGUGAGUGUAGAAAUAAAUUGAUAGCACAGUUCUGGAAAGCACAUAUGAGUUCAAAGAAAUGCCCAAAUUGCAAAUCUAGGAGAUCACUAGUGCGAAAAGAGCAUAACAGCAAGCUGACAGUAACCUAUCCUUCUACAGUGUACCAUAAGUCAGGAGAGGAAGGCAGCCUGGAUGAGCCAGCAGCUAUUGAUGAAAGUCAGUUAGGGAAGAGAGGAUACCUGACACCGAUGACUGCCAAGGAAUACAUCCUGGCUCUGUGGAAGAAUGAAGGUUUCUUUCUGCGUUAUCUCUUCCCUGGGAUGGAUCCCCAUGAGAGUUCGGGGUUCAGUCCAGACAUUUUUUUUUUAGAUCUACUUGUGGUUCCGCCUUCAAGGUAUCGGCCCGUAAAUCGUGUUGGAGACCGACUGUUUACAAAUGGUCAGACGGUGAACUUGCAGGCUGUCAUGAAAGAUGCCAAAAUGAUACGGAAGCUCUUGGUUUUUAUGGCAAAAGAACAAUGUCAGCCAAUAAAAAUUGCAGAAGAAGAAAUCCAAACAGAGACAGGAGAGAAUAAUGAACCUCUGGACAAUUCUGUCCUGACAAUGAUUCCAGGACAGACCAUUGCAGAUAAGCUGUACAACGCUUGGAUUCGUCUUCAGAGCCAUGUCAACAUUGUAUUUGAUAGUGACAUGGACAAACUAAUGACAGAAAAAUACCCUGGUAUUCGUCAGCUAUUAGAGAAAAAGGAGGGACUGUUCCGCAAGCACAUGAUGGGAAAGCGUGUGGAUUUUGCUGCUCGAUCAGUCAUUUGCCCCGAUAUGUACAUUGGUACUAAUGAGAUUGGCAUUCCUAUGGUAUUUGCUACCAAACUGACUUACCCUCAGCCAGUCACUCCCUGGAAUGUCAAAGAGCUGAGGCAGGCUGUCAUAAAUGGCCCAAAGGUUCACCCUGGGGCCUCCAUGGUCAUUAAUGAAGAUGGAUCUCGUACAGUGUUGAGUGCAAGCAGCCUGACCCAGAGGGAAGCCAUAGCUAAGCAGCUCCUCACUCCUUCUUCAGGCGCGCCCCAGUCAGGACUGAAGAUUGUAUGUCGACAUAUUAAAAAUGGAGAUGUCCUUUUACUGAACCGCCAGCCCACUCUUCAUAGACCUUCCAUCCAAGCUCACCGGGCCCGAAUCCUGCCUGGAGAAAAAGUGCUGAGGCUUCACUAUGCCAACUGCAAGGCUUACAAUGCCGAUUUUGAUGGGGAUGAAAUGAAUGCCCAUUUUCCACAGAGCGAGCUGGGCAGAGCAGAAGCCUACACCUUAGCCUUUACUGAUGAACAGUAUCUGGUUCCAAAGGAUGGGAAGCCACUUCCUGGCUUGAUCCAGGAUCACAUGAUUUCUGGAGUCAGCAUGACAAUCCGGGGCUGCUUUUUCACCAGAGAGCAAUAUAUGGAGCUUGUUUACCGAGGACUAACAGACAAAAAAGGAAAAAUUAAAAUCUUUCCUCCUGCCAUUAUGAAACCACAGCGAUUAUGGACAGGAAAGCAGGUUGUUUCUACAUUGUUAAUAAACAUAAUUCCGGAAAACCACGUCCCACUGAAUUUGACUGGGAAAGCUAAGAUUGGUGGAAGAGCCUGGGUAAAGGGACCUGCAAACAGAUGUCUAAAUCUUGAUUCAAUGUGUGAAUCUCAGGUUAUUAUUAGAAAUGGGGAAUUACUGUGUGGAGUGUUGGACAAAGCUCACUUUGGCAGCUCUGCCUAUGGCCUGGUCCACUGUUGCUAUGAAAUCUAUGGGGGUGAAACCAGUGGGAAGGUGCUAACAUGUCUAGGACGUCUCUUCACUGCUUACCUGCAGCUGUACAGGGGAUUUACAAUGGGGAUUGAAGAUAUUUUGGUUAAACCUGAAGCAGACCACAAAAGACAAAAAAUCAUUGAAAAGUCAAGCCAGCAUGGUAUUGAAGCUGUUCGAGCUGCUCUUAAUUUGCCAGAAACUGCAUCAUGUGAGGAGGUCCAAGGGAAAUGGCAGGAUGCCCAUCUCUGCAAAGACCAGAGGGAUUUUAACGUGGUUGAUCUGAAAUUCAAGGAGGAAGUAAACAGUUACAACAAUGAAGUUAACAAGGUUUGUAUGCCCCUUGGUCUCCACAGGAGCUUUCCAGAGAACAAUUUGCAGUUGAUGGUACAGUCAGGAGCCAAAGGAUCCACUGUAAAUACAAUGCAGAUUUCUUGUUUGCUGGGCCAGAUUGAGUUGGAAGGUCGAAGACCCCCACUGAUGGCAUCUGGCAAAUCGCUGCCAUGUUUCCAGCCUUAUGAUUUUUCCCCUAGCUCAGGAGGAUUUGUGACUGGCAGAUUUCUCACUGGGAUCAAACCUUCUGAAUUCUUCUUUCACUGCAUGGCUGGCAGGGAAGGUCUUGUGGAUACAGCUGUCAAAACCAGCCGUUCUGGGUACCUACAAAGAUGUAUCAUAAAACAUUUGGAAGGACUGGUAGUUCAGUAUGACCUGACUGUACGAGAUAGCGAUGGCAGUGUGGUGCAGUUUCUGUAUGGAGAGGAUGGGCUUGAUAUCCCUAAAACUCAGUUCUUGCAACCUGAGCAGUUUCCUUUCAUUGCAGAAAACUAUGAGGUAAUCCAGAAGACAAACCAUCUGGAUGAAGCUUUAGCAAGGAUGGAGUCUCACCAAGCUAACCAGCAGUUCAAAGCCAUCAAAAAGUGGCGAGCCAGGCACCAAAACUCUGUGCAAAGAGAAGGAGGUUUUCUGAUGUUUUCCCAAAAGAAAAUGGCAAGUGUAAAAGCACAGAUUCCAGGAGGAGAAGUCAAAAACGGAAGAGAUCCUGCUACUUUACAGUUAUUGAAGAUGUGGUAUGAACUAGAUGAGAAGAAACGAAGAAAGUAUCUGAAGAAGACAAAUAAGUGUCCUGACCCAAGCCUUGGUGUUUGGCGUCCAGAUACUUAUUUUGCGUCUGUUUCAGAAACAUUUGAAAACGGAGUCAAAGAUUAUAUCAACAAAUGGGAAUCUGAGAACAGACGAAGUUAUAUGCGCCCAGCACUUUCUUCUGAUAGAUUAAAGGAUUUGUUGUACUUAAAGUGGCAGCGAUCUCUUUGUGACCCAGGAGAAGCUGUGGGUCUUCUUGCAGCCCAGAGUAUUGGGGAACCUUCCACACAGAUGACUCUGAACACCUUCCACUUUGCUGGCAGAGGUGAAAUGAAUGUCACAUUGGGUAUUCCAAGGUUGCGGGAAAUAUUGAUGGUAGCCAGUGCAAAUAUUAAAACGCCAACGAUGAGUGUUCCUGUGUUCAAUACCAAGAAAGCUCUCAAGAAGGUGAAACAGCUUAAGAAACAGCUCACAAGAGUGUGCUUAGCUGAGGUCUUGCAGAAAGUUGAGAUAGAGGAAUCCCUGCAUGUGAAGUGCAAGCAGAACAAACAUCGUCUCUACAAAAUCAAAUUCCAUUUCUUGCCCCAUGAAUAUUACCGAGAGGAGAAGUGUGUGAAGCCCAGGGAGAUCUUGCACUUCAUGGAAACAAGGUUCUUUAAAAUUUGUCUGGAAGCAAUUAAAAGGAAGAACGCAAAGGUGUCAUCUUUUACUGAAGUCAGCACCCGGAAGGCAACUCGGAAAGAUUUAGAUGGUGACCAAGACAAGAAUAAUCAGGAAGCUCCAGCAGAGGAAGAAGAGAACAUUGUUGAUGCAGAAGCUGAUGAAGGGGAUGGUGAUGCUACAGAAGCAAAACGGAGGAAGAACCAAGAAGAAGAGGUUGAUUAUGAGAGUGAAGAAGAGAAUGGGGAAGAAAACAUUGAUGAGAAUCUAGAAGAUGAAGAGGCUGAAUCAGAAAAAGAAGAAAGGACUCCCAGUGCAGAAGAUCAGAUUGGAGCAGAUGGUGAUGAAUCUCAACAUCUUUCCUUUAUGUCUCAGACUAAAAAAGAAAAAGAUCGAUUGCUUCAGUCAGCAGAGGUGCGAGUAAACGCUGUUCUGGACAGCCACCCAUCAAUACAGGAUUACACGUUUGACACUGAAAAUGAACUUUGGUGUGAGGUUUCAUUGACGCUUCCGUUGAUGAAGGUGUACUUCGAUCUCUCCUCCUUGCUUGUCUCUCUUGCACGAAGCACAGUCAUUCAUGAAGUGAAGGGGAUCACACGAUGCUUGUUGAAUGAAAGUACCAAUAAGCAAGGAGAGAAGGAACUCAUUCUGCAUACCGAAGGGAUAAACCUUGCGGAGCUGUUCAGAUACUCUGAUAUUUUGGACCUGAACAGACUUUAUUCCAAUGAUAUUCAUGCCAUGGCUAAGAAUUAUGGAAUCGAGUCUGCCCUGAGGGUGAUUAUAAAGGAAAUAAAAGAUGUAUUUGCUGUAUAUGGAAUUGUGGUAGACCCUCGGCACCUUUCACUUGUGGCAGAUUACAUGUGUUUUGAAGGAUUUUAUAAACCGCUGAAUCGUUUUGGAAUUCAGUCCAACUCCUCCCCUCUGCAACAGAUGACAUUUGAAACCAGCUACAAAUUCUUGAAGGAAGCAACAAUGAUGGGUGCCCAUGAUGAACUGCGAUCCCCUUCUGCAUGCCUAGUGGUUGGAAAAGUUGUUAAAGGAGGGACUGGUUUGUUUGACCUCAAGCAACCUCUCACAUAGUGUUUUGGUUAUAACUUAAGGAUUCUGACUAAAAUGUUCAUCCUAAGAGAUACGUAUGCUCUACCGCUAUGCAACAAGGGCACAUACUGUGUCCCCAGUCAUCUUCCCUGUGCCAACAGGUUUGUUAAUCUGGAUACCUGAUGAGCCUAAUCUAUUUAAUGAGAAUGUCUGCACCUAUAGGAGCUAUCCUUUGAUCCAAAGAACCAUUCAUUUACUGUUCAUUAAUGUAAAAAAUGAAAUUAUUUGUUUACAUGGAAAAGAAUAAAAUGAAGGAGACCGUCUGGGUCUCAAACAGGCCGUGCAACAGCUGUGGCAGACAGAAGUCAAAGCAGAAUCUGUUUGUGCUGUCUAGUUUUUGUGGGGCAGAAUCCCGUCGGGGUGGGUAGUGCCAGUUGCCACGCGGCUGUUACGUGGCAAAUUUCCAGUAUUGGAAAGAGCAUUCAGACUCACGGGUGUAGCUGGGCAGCGCUGUGCUGAAGCUUCAACAUUGUACUGAAGCGUCUGUGUUUGAGGCAUAUCCUCUUCUUUUCCUGUACUUGUGUGCACUGCCAUGACUUUCAUAAGCUUUAGAGGAUGCAUUUUCCUAUUCUGCUACUUCAUUUUUUAAGAAUUAUGUGUCUGUGACACAAUUGUUAAAGUUCUUUAUUAGCCGAAGAUGGGAAUUCAGUUUUUGUGGUUUCUAUAGGCAUUUGCCAAUGCCUACUCUUACGACUUCUUUGUACGAAACAGAUCUCCGCACAGUGAGAAACCUGACAUUUGAUAAACAUUUAUUCCUUCAAUGGCAACGUGAGCUGCUGUAACAGUGACUACACAAAAGACUCCUGUUAAGAAUUACCGAAACAGAGUUUUUUAUCUUUUUUUGCUUAAAUAUUCUGUAUCAAAGAGGAUAUUUAAUAAAGGACACUGUGAAGAG